UUUCCGCUCUGCUGGACCACAAAGAUAAGGUGCAUUUGGCAGGGUGUGGGGAAAUUCCAACACAGUUUCCUUCCACGAAAAUUCAAUCUUGGGGGAAAAAUGGUAAUAUUUUCUAAUCCCUAAGUUGAUUCAGUAGAAACCCUGGUGACGUAGUGGUUAAGAGCUAUGGCUGCUAACCAAAAGGUCGGCAGUUCAGAUCCACCAGGCGCUCCUUGGAAACUCUGUGGGGCAGUUCUACUCUGUCCUAUAGGGUCCCUAUGCGUUGGCAUCGACUCGACAGCAGCGGGUCAGGUUUUUUAAGCUGAUUCUGAAAGUACAAAGCCUUGAAAGGGAGAUAGGUGCAUUGAUUGUUUAAUAAAGUAUGCUUCUGACAAGGUUGCUAUUUAUUUUAAAAGCUUUUCCAUCUGGCUUACCUUAUGUUUAUUCUUCCUUACCCUCCUUAUUCCUUACCUGGGGGGAGAGGGUGUGGUGAAGAAAAGGAUCAGAAGUACAACAUCUGGAUAUGGCCUAAAAUAUUCUGAACCAAUACAAAUAACUUAUCCUUUUGAUGUUUAGCACUUAGGAAAAAAAAAUUGUAAGCUUCUCCUUUUUUUUCAUUAGUAGAGGUAUAAUCAGGGUAACUUCACAAACAGCUCACCUACAUACUCACCUAAGAUGAAUAAAUUUUUAUUUUCUGACUUUUGGUUCCAGAUUUUAUAGGGCUCACUCUGUGAUCUUCUUUUGGUUUAGGUCUUCCUUACACUCAUAGUUUUCUUGCUUGAUAUUCCAUUUCUGGAGACUUCUAAAGGGGAUGAGGCAUAUUGGUUAGAUGAACUCUGCAGUAUAUGUGUUGUGCAUGCCCCUAAGGAAGCUACAUGUCAAGGAAAAGAUAGGCUGGGGAAUAAAUAAGACUUAUUUCAUCAAGAAAUUUGGAAUUGAACUUUCUGUUUGUGGAUUCUCAAAGGCUCCCUCUCUCUUGGCAGAGCUACUGCUCUGUGAUUUGUGUUACUAUUUUCCUUAUUUGAUCAUCCUGGCUUUUCCCAUGAGAGUUAUUUCCCUACAUACUGAUUUUUAAUAGAGGAAAGUUAGGAAUAAGCCUUUGGAAGCUAACCUUUUAAAAUACCACUCAAAACAGAAUUGAUGUUGAAUCCAGAAAUAAGAUUACAUAGGUACGUUGUGUUCCGCUUUUUCACCCAUGAUGUUGUAUUCUGUCAGUAUUGUAACUUCCUUUGUGUUUUACUUGUUUUGAUUUUACAGGAGAGAGAAAACAAAAGCUAUUUUGGUUCACUAGUAUCCAGGAGGCUUAACAACACAAGUGACGUUGAAGAAAAGGAGAACAGAGAAUCAGCUGUUAAUCUGGUGAGGAGUGGUUCCCAUUCCCGACAGCUGUGGAGGGAUGAAGUGAAGGGAAAUGAAACCCCAGAGACAGUUGUUCCUUCCACCUAUGUAUCAACGUACUUGAAAAGGACUCCUUACAAAUCCCAGGCCGACUCGACGGCAGAGAAAACAACAGACAGUCUCUCUUCCAGCACCCCGCUCUGUGUAAUCACCAAUCGCCCUCCACCUAGCACUGCCAAUGGGGUUAUAACUGCCAGUGUGCUCUCAACUACUGGAACAGACUCCUCUGUGGAAGCCAGGGAGAAGAGGAGGUCGUAUCUGACUCCUGUACGGGAUGAGGAAGCAGAAUCUUUACGGAAAGCGCGCUCCAGACAAGCUCGGCAGACCCGAAGGUCUACUCAAGGUGUAACCCUAACAGACCUUCAAGAGGCAGAAAGAACUUUCAGCCGGUCGAGGGCAGAGCGGCAAGCUCAGGAGCAGCCUGGCGAGAAGCCUGUAGACACCGAAGGGCUUGAGGGCAGCACAGAGAAGCAUGAGCCUUCAGCAGUGCCCGCAAAGGAGACUGGGGAGGGCCGACAGCCCCGGGGCGGGAGCCUGGAUGAAGAGUUCCCCUCUGCUACGGACAAGUAG